AUGCUUACUGGAAAACCACUGUUUCGUUGGGGAAAUGUGAUACACCAAUUGGAUCUCAUGACUGAUUUGCUUGGCACACCACCCUCCCCAGUCGAAUCUACUGGAAGGGGUUUUGUUGCUGGUUAUCGAAGUGUAUUGAGAACUUUUAUUUCUGCAUUUAUUGCAUCUUAUGAGAUCAAUAUUCAGCUGGAAGACAGUACCCUUAAUUUGAUAUUGGAUAUUCUUUGCAAAGUUUAUCGGGGAGAAGUUUGGCUGCAUAAUGAUUGUCUUUCAGGGAAUCACUUUGCAGUCAGUUUUGGGACAAAGAAAGUUUUGUUGAUGGUCCUAUUCGGUGUCUUCUUUGUAGUCUUGAAGGUGAAUUUCCCUUCAGGACUGUGGAACUUAUUCGCCUCUUAUCAUCCCUAUCUGAAGGAACUUGGCCAGCAGAAUGUGUGAGAAAAAUGUCUCUUUCUCCAUCAAUUGGAGGAGAAAAGUAUACUUAAUUUUGAAGGCUUUGUGUUGGGCAGCUGUAGAAUAUUUUGUG